AUGGCACUUUCUUUAACCCUUCUCGGCAUCGCACUCGGCGUCGACGCAAUUCCGUUCUCCGGCGCAUUGGCAGCACCGAUACCUCGAGACGACAAUCACGCAGACGAUCCCGACUCAGGUGAAGUGCCCACAUCCCACGACGACGACACCCCGCAUCUUAAAGCCUCUGAACGCGGUAAUCCUGGCAACUAUAUCUACUCUGGCGGGGAUCUCUUUUCUCCAUUCUAUCGCGCUCCCGACCAGGCCAACAAUCUCGCCGCUGGCUCUCCGUCUCUCUCACAGGCGCCCUCACCAGCCCCAAUGGCCCAAUCCCAACCUUCGGCUACUGCACCUGCGUCUUCGCCACCUACCUCUGAAGCCGACACCUUUGCAAAAGAGAAAGCUUGGGUCAUCGGCACCGUCGUCGGCGUCCUCGUCGCCCUUAUCAUCGGUCUGGGUAUAAUCAAGGCCCUCUCCGUCCGAUCCAAAAGGGAACGAGGCAGUAGUAGCAGCGGCCCUAGGUAUCGCCCCUUCCCGUCCUUCCAGGUCUUGCGCUCGAACAGGACAAAACCCAAAUCGAACAUCGCGAUCGUGGUCAGUCCCCCGUCCUACAACACCUCUACCUUGCUGGUCUCGGACGGCUACAUCUACGGCUCCGACACGGAAAAGUCCAAGAUGCACGAAGCGUACUCGGACUUUGAAGAGAUCAACCUGCUGGACGACUCUCGCGCCGAUACCUCGACUUCUGCGAGCAGCUCUUGCCAGUCGCCAGCUACACCCGCCUCUGGUGACAUCGGUCUUGGCAUCCACUCUGGCUCCUGCUCUGAUGUCGACGCUGACUCCUCCCCGACGCCCCUGGAGGACCUCUCCUUCAUUGCCCGAUCCAAGAAGCGCGCCUCCAUCAAAAGCAUCGCCACGAUCCGAUCCAAGAAACGUGCCUCCGUCAUCAAGAGCAUCGAAUCAGACACCCAGCUCAAGCCCUCCACAAGCUCUAUUUACUCCGUCGACGGCACGCUCUCUGACAUCAGCUCCGGCCACGGCCCCGACGGCAUGGUCGACCAGCGUCAAGCCCGCGAGGCGCUCCUGAACGCUCUGAUGACGCCCGCCGCGGCCCCGGUCCAACACGGCCGCACGAAGAGCGAGCCCGCGCGCGAAAAGGUCUCUCGGCUCAGCGCGUCGCCAUCUGCGGAGGUCAACGUGGAUGUCCCCGUCACCUACAACAAGUCGCGGUUCGCCAAAGCCCGCAGCUUGGGCGCCGCGUUGUAACAUUUGUCUGCAUACGUUGUAACACAAUGCACCCCUUUCGUCUUGGAUGGUGAAUUUUCUAUUUUUGUGGUUUGCUGGGGAGUGUAGCUUAGACGUCGC